AUGAACAGACAAGUCUGCAAGAAAUCCUUCAGUGGCGGGAACCAGGGCUUCUCUGGCCGCUCUGCUGUGGUCUCUGGAGGCAGCAGCAGGAUGAGCUGUGUGGCCCGUUCAGGGGGAGCCAGUGGAGGAGCCUGUGGGUUCCGGAGCGGGGCAGGUGGCUUUGGCAGCCGCAGUCUCUACAACCUGGGUGGCAACAAGAGCAUCUCCAUCAGUGUGGCUGGUGGUUCCCGGACUGGUGGCUUUGGGGGAGGGCGUAGCAGCUGUGGCAGUGGCUUUGGAGGUGGCUAUGGAGGUGGCUUUGGUGGUGGCAGAGGAAUGGGAGGUGGCUUUGGAGGAGCUGGUGGCUUUGGAGGGGCUGGUGGUUUUGGAGGGGCUGGUGGCUUUGGAGGAGCUGGUGGCUUUGGUGGAGCUGGUGGCUUUGGUGGCCCUGGUGGCUUUGGUGGUCCUGGUGGUUUUGGCCCUGGUGGCUUUCCUGGGGGAAUCCAGGAAGUGACUGUCAACCAGAGUCUUCUGCAGCCCCUCAAUGUAGAGAUCGACCCUCAGAUUGGGCAGGUCAAGGCCCAGGAGCGGGAGCAGAUCAAGACCCUCAACAACAAGUUUGCCUCCUUUAUCGACAAGGUGCGGUUCCUGGAACAGCAGAACAAGGUCCUGGAAACCAAAUGGAAUCUGCUCCAGCAGCAGACCACAGGCUCCGGUUCGGGCCCCAACAACCUGGAGCCUUUCUUCGAAUCCUACAUCAGCUUCCUGCGCAGGCAGCUGGACUUGGCUCUGGGGGAGAGAGGGAACCUGGAAGGAGAGCUGAAGAACAUGCAGGUCCUGGUGGAAGACUUCAAAAAGAAGUAUGAAGAUGAGAUCAAUAAACGCACUGCGGCCGAGAAUGAGUUUGUGGGACUCAAGAAGGAUGUGGAUGGGGCCUACAUGAACAAGGUGGAGCUGCAGGCCAAGGUUGACAGCCUGACGGAUGAGCUCAACUUCUUGAGGACCCUCUAUGAGAUGGAGCUGUCCCAGAUGCAGAGUCAUGUGAGUGACACAUCUGUGGUCCUGUCCAUGGACAACAACCGCUGCCUGGACCUGGACAGCAUCAUCGCUGAGGUCAAGGCCCAGUAUGAGGAGAUUGCCCAGAGGAGCAAGGCUGAGGCUGAGGCCCUGUACCAGACCAAGCUUGGAGAGCUGCAGACCACAGCCGGCAGACACGGGGAUGACCUGAAGAGCACCAAGAGUGAGAUCAUGGAGCUCAACAGAAUGAUCCAGAGGCUGCGGGCCGAGAUUGAAAAUGUCAAGAAACAGCAUGCCAACCUUCAGGCAGCCAUUGCUGAAGCUGAGCAGCGUGGGGAAAUGGCCCUCAAAGACGCCAGUGCCAAGCUUGAAGGCUUACAGGCUGCCCUACAGAAGGCCAAGGAUGACAUGGCCCGGCUGCUGCGUGAGUACCAGGAGCUGAUGAAUGUCAAGCUGGCCCUGGAUGUGGAGAUUGCCACCUACCGCAAGCUGCUGGAGGGCGAGGAGUGCAGGAUGUCUGGAGAGUGUCAGAGUGCUGUGAGCAUUUCGGUGGUCAGCAAUGUCACCAGCACAAGCGGCAGCUCUGGCGGAAGCCGUGGCGGCUUUGGAGGGGUCAGUGGCAGCAGCAGCGGUGGCUACAGAGGCAACAGCAGCAGCAGAGGCAGCAGUGGUGGCCACAGAGGAGUAAGCGGUGGCAACAGCAGUGGCUACCAGAGCGGCACCAGCACCAGAGGCUACCAGAGCGGCAGUGGCACCAGCACCGGAGGCUACCAGAGCGGCAGUGGCACCAGCACUGGAGGCUACCAGAGCGGCAGCGCUGGGAGCAGGCUCAGCGGUGGAGGCAGCAGCUCUGUGAGCCAGAGUGGAAUUGGCUCCAGCUCUGGUGGCAUCCAGACCACUGGAGGCAGUGGCUACAAGUCUGGCAGUGGAGGCAGCACCAAUAUCCGCUUCUCUCAGACCCCCAGCUCAAGCCAGCACAGCUCCAAGUGAUCCUCCAGGGCCAAAUCUCCAUGUCCACCUGCUUCCCUCUCAGCCUGCAACAGCACUCCCACUCUUAGAUGCCAACCUCAACCUUGCUUUUCCUUAAAUUCCCUGGAGAAGGGGCUGAACUUCUUUCUGGAUCCUCCAUCCUGAAGACAUCUCCCAGGCCAGGGAAGGCCAGAUGCUAGUCUGGGAUGUUGAUGUCCCUAGAUAUGACCUUGUGAUGGCCCUUGACUUUGGACAGCAACAUUUGAGCUAAAACCAGUGUGGACCUUCCCAGCCUGCCUGUUCCCACUCUGGCCCACCUCCCUUUCUCCCUGGGGGUUAAUGGUCUGAACCUGGCAUGUUUCAGCCUUGUCUGAGGAGGGCCAGUGCUAGAGCAUGGAAGGUCAAGACCUCUGGACUAUUGGUUCAAAGGAUGCCUUCCCCACUUCUGGGCAUCAUAUCUUGAC